CCAACACGCUGCCAUUGCCUACACCUGGCACAGGGUCUCUAAAGGACACAGUGUUUGCCAUUUUGACUCAGACCAACGCUGCUGAGCUCCCGCUCUGCAACACCCAGGACAGCAGACCAAAACACCAUGGGAAAUGAUACAACAGAUUUCACCGAUUUGCCAUAUACAACAGAAUUUGACUAUGGCGAUUCGAUACCAUGCAUGGGAACUGAGGAAAAGCACUUUGCAUCAAAACUUUUGCCACCACUUUAUUCUUUAGUGGUGAUAUUUGGCCUGAUAGGCAACAUGCUCGUUAUCCUUAUCCUGGUAAAAUAUAAGAGGUUGAAGAGUAUGACUGACAUCUACCUGCUCAACUUGGCAAUUUCCGAUCUGCUGUUUGUAUUUUCUCUCCCUUUUUGGGCUUAUUACGCAGUUCACGACUGGAUUUUUGGGGAGGCGCUGUGUCGAAUUCUCUCAGGUGUCUACCUCCUUGGCUUCUACAGUGGCAUCUUUUUCAUAAUCCUGUUGACCCUGGACAGGUACUUGGCCAUAGUGCACGCGGUGUUUGCUUUAAAGGCCAGGACAGUUGCCUACGGCACCCUCACCAGCAUCGUCACCUGGGCUGUUGCUGUUUUAGCUUCUGUUCCUGGGAUAGUGUUUCACAAAACUCAGAAGGAAAGUUUACGUUAUACUUGCAGUGCUCAUUAUCCAAGUGAUUCCACAAUAAAUUGGAAGUACUCCUUUAUUUUAAAGAUGAACAUUCUGGGACUUAUUGUUCCAAUGCUCAUUAUGAUCUUCAGUUACUCACAAAUUCUUAAAACAUUAUUGAGAUCUAAGUGUGAGAAAAAACAGAAGGCAGUCAGACUUAUUUUUGUGAUCAUGAUCUUUUACUUCAUCUUCUGGACACCAUUCCAUAUUUCUUCUUUUUUGCAUACAUUUCAAGGUUCACUUUUCACUCCAACUUGUGAUAUCAAAGGCCAACUGGAGAAAGCAAUUCAAGUGACAGAAACAAUAUCAAUGAUCCACUGCUGUAUCAAUCCUGUGAUCUAUGCAUUUGUUGGAGAAAAAUUUAGGAAAUAUCUUCACGCCUUUUUCCAAAAGCACGUUGCAGCUCACCUUUGCAAAAAGUGUCCAAGUCUGUAUCAGGAAAAAUUAGAAAGAGUCAGUUCCACAUUCACAGCAUCCACUGCAGAUCACGACAUCUCUACUGGACUGUAAAAUUACAUCAGAACAUUAGUUAGUAAAUGUUGCACCACUUGCUUUGCCUUAAGGACUGCCUGAUGUUAUUUAAGAUCUUUAUGUCGACCACUACUGAAAACUGUAUGACCCUCAAUUCUUGUGGUUUAGUGUUCCCUGGAAUUACAGCAUUUUCCAUUGUUAAACUAAGAGAAUCAAUGAGUUCUCCAGGAAAUAUUAGUACCAUAGCUGUAGCACAUCAAGAUUUGAAUGGUACCCAGAAUAGUAUGAUUCUGUUUCUUUACAAAAAUUCUAUCCAGUGAGAUUUACCCCGGGGAAAUACAAUAUUGCAAAGGGUAAGGAGUAUUAGGUCAUCUCACAAGAUCCAUUUCUGUUAGUGAACACUGUAAGAUAAACACCAGGAGGAAGCUUUGGGGAUUGAUCUACCUGUUUAGUAUUCAACCUUAGUGAAGUACCUUUUGGAAGUGUCUGUAUUCUUUCUGCAACAUGGUCAAGCCUUUGAUAAGGAGAGGCUUUUAGUUUUCUUUGUUUUUCCCUCCUACUCCUUAUUUUCCCCACGUGAAUAAAAGAUAUUUAAAUAAAAAGGAAUUUAAGGAUUAAUAUGAGUUAUAUCAAGAUAAUAUCUCUCCUCUGAUGGGAGAAUUGACUGACCUUUAUCUUACUGGGACCAUUUAACCCAAGGGUUUAUCAGUUAGCUAACAGUGUAGCCAUUUUUGAACAUAAUCUUCUCAACUACAGACUAAGUUAUAGUAUUUUGAUUUUAGUUUUUUAAUUUUAUGUCUACCAUAUCACUGUUCUGUUACUGACGUCUUCCAAAGUGGGCUGUUAAUCAGCAAUAUUGUGAUUUUUGUGGGUGAAAUUUUUCAUGUAACUGUACACACCAACUGCACAAGACAAUGAUGCCAGCCUAAAAAACAUUAGCUUGUUUCUGACAAAUCAUAUCCCUCCAAGAAAAAAACCACUUAACCAAUAAAAGCACUUCAGCAAAGAUCUACAAGGCCAGAAUGAAAAUUACCUCAGCAUUUGCUAUGCAAGAUUCAGUAUGAAAAAAAUACCACGAACAUCUGAAGGAUUUUGGAGACUAUGAUACAGCACUGAGAGGAGGCCUUCCUAGCUCUGGACAGACAAACCAAGUGUGUAGAAGAAGAGUUUAUGUGGCAACACAUGACACAAGUGUGUCAAGUUAGGUUUCUGUAUGAGAGAAACAUGCUCUUCGCACAUACAGCAAGUUUGAUGUUUGGGAAACACUUUUAGGAAGACAGUAGCCUUAGAACUGCAAAAGCAGCCAACUCCAGAGGAGUCAUAUUUGCUCUGUCUUCCCAGGAGAAGAGUGCCUCUAGCCAACUGGUGCCUCAAUUAGAACCGCAUGGUGAUUGAAGACUCAAGACCUUUAUGCUCUAUGUUGUCCUAUGUCCAUACACUUAUUCCAUUAUUAGGAGUUUCCCUGUAAAAGAAAGUGCUAUUCUAGGGACACGGUGCUAACAGCGAAGAGAAAGGAGGGGCACAGUAGAGAGUUUCUUACUUCAAACUGUAUGGAAGUGCAGGGGAGCACUCCUUAUGCAAGUGAGCUGUCCUUCCCUUUUUCUCCCCAUUUAUUUCAAAGGGCACUGCUCAUGUAUGUAAGGACUUGCUUAUGGAAAUCUGAAGGGGCAAGUUCAACCAACUUCCAGCAAGGUAAGGAUACCAGAGGGGACUCCACACUACUUAACAUUGAGCAUGUGAUGUAGAUGUCUAAAUUACAGCAAAUCUCUUCAAGGUGCCUCAGUGAGGCACUCAGUAGAGAAUAAGAAGUACCUGGGGCAGAAGCAGACAUAGGAUUUAAAUAGUCUCAGAGGAAGAUUACCUGUCCAGCUGUAGAAGGACCUGGAAAUGCCAGCCUCUUAAUUUAGGUAUCACAUGCCUUAAUUUAGGUGGUGCAGAUACUCUUCCCCCUCUAGCCUUAUAAUGCCUAGGCACGCUUCUAUUAGUUGUUAGUUCUUAUCCUAUCAGCUGUUAUUAUCUGGUCCCAUCAGCUGUUAUUACCUGGCCACUACCUUGUGUGGUUUAUAGCCACAGAUAGACUAAAUGAAAGACCAAAAUCUACCCUCACAGUAAACUUUCUCGCUUGGAAAUAAUAUUUUCUUUUAUUUUGUACUUCUUACUGAAACAAAGUAAAAGCACCUUUUCAAUAUUAAAGUAUAAAUUAGUUCAGCAUAAUACAAACCUUGCUGUAACUGUGAUAUUACUACUGCUGUAUUCUAUUUUAAAUCAUUAUCUUUUUGGAAUUAAGUGUCUUCCUGUUUUCAUGUUAAUGCAGUGAAAUUAAUAAAAUCUGUGUCUGGAAAAUUGUA